GUCCGGCUGACUUCCGGGUCAGAACUCGUUGAUAGAGGACGUGAUAACGGACACGUGUGAUCAUCAUCUUUAAGCGGGUAUUAAACUCGUAUAAUCCACAUUAAAACUUAAAUUAAAAGAAGUGAAGUAAAAAAAAGAAAAGAAAAAGAAACAUCGGCUGUGUUUGAUUUCUUGUUCCGCCAUGUGCUCACUGUUACUUCCGGGUAAAUCCGCGGACGAGGCGACGGAACCAAUCAGAGCGCGUCUUUUUUUUUUAGCUUGUGCGUCAAUGGGAAAGGCGGGGCUUAAAGAGUGUGAAUAAUGAUUUGCGAUGAUUGACGUGUGGUGUUGACCAAUCAGAGCCGCGCCUGCCUCCUCCUCGCCCCGCCCCGGCGGUCGGACCCUGAGAGGACUCCCGGUGGUGAACUUUACACUCGCGCGUGCUUCAUUACAGCGAUUUAACCGGUUAAUUUAGAGAUAAAAAGCGGAGAAACGCGUUACAUCUGGAAUCAGAGCUGAGUGCGGGGAUCCAGUGACCGGGGAACUGAACACACACCAUGCUGCUGUUCGUGGAGGUGACCACUAAAGGAACUGCCUUGAAUCCUAAUGCUAAAGUGUGGCAGGAAGUCUCGGCUCCUCCCCCUCAGAGUGCUGAGGAGGCGACGGGGGCUUCUGAUUGGCCGCAGGAAGACCACACCCCUAAUGAACAUCUGGACGGAUGUAAAGGAUACGAAGUCGCAUAUGGAGACUCCGCCCCCUCUGUGGACUCCAACCAAACAGACCUGGAGUACUCCUCCUACCACCUGGGUGAGGAAGAGAUGUCUGAGGAGAGUCUGAGGGAGUCUCUUAGAAAACAGUUGGAGUUCUGCUUCUCCAGAGAGAACCUAUCGAAGGACCUGUACCUGAUCUCUCAGAUGGACAGUGAUCAGUUCAUUCCCAUCUGCACCAUCGCGAACAUGGAGGGUGUGAAGCUCCUGACCUCAGACCUGGAUCUGAUUGUGGAAUUGCUGAAAGCAUCUCCCAUGGUCCAGGUGGAUGAGAAAGGGGAGAAGGUCCGACCCAAUCACAAGCGCUGCAUCAUCAUCCUUAGAGAAGUUCCUGAGAGCACACCUGUGGAGGAGGUUGAGGCUCUGUUUAAAAGUGAGAAGUGUCCUCGGGUCAUCAGUGUGGAAUUUGCUCACAAUAACAACUGGUACAUCACCUUCCAGUCUGAUACUGAUGCUCAACAGGCGUACAGAUAUUUACGGGAGGAAGUGAAAAUGUUCCAGGAAAAACCCAUAAUGGCUCGUAUUAAGGCCAUUAACACUUUCUUUGCGAAGAGCGGUUACGCGGCCGUGGACUCUGCGGCAUAUGCGGGAAGCGCUCAGUCUCCGUACUCGUCUCCGCUCUACCUGCAGCAGGUGUUCCAGCCUCAGCAGUAUCCUGUCUGCAGCCUCAUCCCUCCAUCCUGGAACCCCUCAUCUACACCUUACUUUGAAACACCACUGGCUCCUUUUCCCAACGGAACCUUUAAUGGUUUCAGCACUAUAGGAAGCUAUAAGAGUGGCUCUUCUUCCUCAGCAGGUGUUUCCCGUCACUUCCCCCGCAUCAACCGGAGUCAUAUGAAGCCUCAGUCCCGUGCUGAUGGUCUUCAGACAGACAGAGCAGGAUUGAGUGGUACACAGAGCCCCCACAUCUCCAGCACCGGACUGAACUCGGACUUCAUUACGUCCCCUGAGUCUCCUCCAUCUGUCAGUGAGAACACCCACAAUGACCCGGGCAGCAGGACCAGGAGAGGAAGUUAUCGAGGCCUGAGGCACAGGAGAGAGGACGAGCGAACGAGGUCUCUCCCAGCAGCUGAGGUUCUAACUCCGCUUCCCAAGUUUGACCUGGAGACCUCCAACUUCCCUCCUCUGCCGGGGGGCGUGACCGGGCCGUCACCGAGGGGCGUGGCCACGUGGACUGAGAGUGUUCUGGAGAAUUGUAUGGCUGAUGUGGUGAAAGGUCUGAACAGAGACAAGGUGUACUGCAGGAAACAGGAAGUGAAUUCCCAAGCUGCUAAAGAGGAAGCGCUAUCUCCGGUUUCUGCCACACCCAUAUCCACACCUGUUCCACAGGACACGCCCAGCUCCAGUGUUCCACCUCCGGUGAAGAACCCAGAUGUGUCUCAGAUGCUUCCAGACCUCAGUCCUGCUCCAAUCCUCACUGCUGCUCAGCUUGACUCCACCCCUAAAUCCACACACUCCACCCCCUCUGACGUACAGGAGCCUCGGAAACUGAGCUACGCCGAGGUGUGUCAGAAACCCCGUAAAGACCCACCUCCAGAACCUGCGUCCUGCCCGAGCCCCACCCCCAGCCUCGACCCCGCCCAGACUCCACCCGCCGCCAGUCAGCCGCUUCGCGAGGUCGGAGUCAACAAAGCCGAGUCGGAGCCGAGCCGUCGUUCCGAGAAAAUGUUUGAACGAAGAUUGCCGCGUGAGCAGCACCGCCGCUGGAGCUCCGGCAGGGGGGCGGGGUUUAAACAACUAACCGCCCCUCAAGGAACUCGCUCCUCCCCUCACAUGGGCUACAAUAACAGACGCAGCGGCAAAGAACAGAACAUCCCGCCGAGAUCACCCAAGUGACCUGACUUCAGUCUACAGAAUCUAUACGAGUAUAAAAAUAUAAAACUGCACAACUUCCGUGGCAACUGUGAACCGUUCUCUCACACACACACACACACACACACACACACACACACACACACACACACACACACGCAGGGCAAAAUGAAGACGUGACCCUCGGGGUAAACAAAAAAACUGAACAAAAAAAAAAAGAUAUGACACUUAAUAUUCUGUCCAUUUAAAAAGAAGAAAAAAGAAUUGAUGGGUGUCGAGAUUUAAGGUAUCUACUCGUAGCACUUAUGAUGUGUUGCUAUGGCGAUGGUGGGGUGGUGACACAUGAUGCACUUCUUUGCGCUUAAUGUUCACUCUGUAGCUUUACCGCCUUAAGUUCGUGAGCCGAUAGGAGAAAUGCAGGGCUCUCCGACGUGAGAAGCGUGACGAUUGGCCUCAGGAGUCACGUGACGAAUGCUUUUGCUCUCCUGGUAUUGAAGCAGACGUAUGGGUUCGUUUGCAGGAGAACAAACCAAACUGGAGGUGAUCAGGAUUUAGGAAGUCGAAGUGAUGACGUCUGAGUAACGUAGCCGUCCUGUUGUCCUAGUAACACGUGAAGGGGCGGGGCCACGUUUCUAAAAUAUUUCUCAGCACUAGUCGUACCUGAGCGCCUUUGUGGGCGUGGCCUGUCCUGUAGCUUCUCAAAACUUCUUAAAUGCAGAUUCAGCCCCUGUGGAAGGUAUUUUAUUUAUUUUUCUCUUAUGUUUAAUAUUCAUGUAUCUGUAGGAAUAUGCAGUUACAGUGCUGUAAUAACAGUGAUCGCCCCCAGAGCGGCGCUGUUCUUCCUUCUCACACCUUUACUAUACUUUAUUGUAUAAGUUUCAUCAUUUAUCUGCUGUAUUAUAAUGAUGUGAUGGGAACGUGUGUGUGUGUGUGUGUGUGUGUGUGUGUGUGUUCAUCCUGUGUUUAAUGUACACAAAGUGUGUAUAAUAGUGUAUCAUUCAUGUGAAUAUGAGGAAUGAAUUCUUCACCGUUUAUUUUUUAUUUUACUGUUAAUUGUGUGUGUGUGUGUGUGCGUGUGUGUGUGUGUGUGUGUGUGAAAGAAACGAAUCAGAAUCAAAUCAUUGAAUUGUUUUUUGUUUUUCUCUCUCAUGGUUUUUCAUAAAUGGCACAAAAUCCAGACCAAAGUUGCAUCAGCCGAGAGACAAUCUCAGGAAAUACUGUUCAGCUGCACUGAUGCCCCUCUGCCCCGUGACUUCUGACCCUGAUUAAGCGCUUGAUGUUGCAUCUGAUUGGUUGCUGAUGAAAUCAAAAUGAUUGGGUGUUAAUUUCCCCCGGUCUUGUAGAUUGUUUGUAUUUAUGUGUGUGUGUGUGUGUGUGUGUGUGUGUGUGUGUGUGUGUGUGUUGUCAUGACAGAUAAUGUAGAGUUCAUGCCAUGAUUUUCAGUUUUUAGAAUGUGUUUGUGUGUAUGUAGUUAAACAUACACAGUGAUCAUUGUAUGAUUGUGUUUUUAGUAGCAGGAGUACAAGAACAUUGUUUCCCAUCGUGGUUUCCUGUGUUGUUUUUUUUUGUUUUGUUUUAUGGGAGUCUAAUAUCUGGUGAGUAAAUUGUAUUUAAUACAUUGUGAACAUCUGCAGAAAUGCCGAAGUGUUAAAAAAAGAAAAGAAAUAAAUGAAUAAAUGAGCUGCA